AUGCUCCACGCUCCUGUCCUUCCACCGCUGAGGAAGAGGAAGAGGCCUCUUGCGCUGCACCCCGCUGGGCCGCACCCGGUCCGCUUCCAGGAGGUGACCGUUUACCUGGUGGAGAGAAAGAUGGGCUUCAGUCGCAGGGCCUUCCUGACCGGCCUCGCACGGACCAAGGGCUUCCGCGUGGCGGAUGACCUCAGUGAUGAGGUCACACACGUGGUGGCGGAGCAAAACUCCGCAGAAGAGCUGUGGGCAUGGUUACGAGGGCGGGGCCUGAGGGACCUGACCAACCGGCUGGUGUUGGACAUCGCCUGGUUUACUGAGAGCAUGGCGGCUGGGUGGCCUGUCGCCGUGGAGACAAGGCACUGCAUACAGGAGAAGCAGCCAGUGGUGAAGCCAUGCCUGCCGACCGCCCCGGUCUGGGCUGUGUCACAGUACGCAUGCCAGCGAAGGACCACAACGGAGAACCACAACAAGGUCUUCACAGAUGCGUUUGAUAUUCUGGCGGAGAACGCUGAGUUCUGUGAGAACGACGGCCCCUGCCUGGCCUUCAUGCGGGCAGCCUCAGUCCUGAAGAGCCUGCCGGGAGCGGUGCACCGUCUCUCUGACCUGCACGGCGUUCCCUGUCUGGGGGACCAAACGAGAGCUGUCAUCGAGGAGAUCCUUGAGAGUGGCAUCUCCUCCAAAGUGCAGGACAUUGUGAACGAUGACAGAUACCAAACGCUGAAGCUCUUUACAAGUGUAUUUGGUGUUGGACCCAAGACUGCAGAGAAGUGGUACCGGAAGGGAUUCCGGAGCUUUCCAGACAUCCACGCUGACCAGAGCGUACAUCUAAACAAGAUGCAGAAAGCAGGUUUCCUGUACUAUGAUGACAUCUCAAAGUCCAUCAGCAAGGCAGAAGCGGAGGCAGUGGGAAGAAUGGUGGAGGACAUAGUGCGCUCAAUUGUACCUGACGCCAUUGUGGCUCUGACUGGUGGCUUUCGCAGGGAGAAGGAGUUUGGACACGACGUGGACUUCCUCAUCACCACUCCGGAGGCUGGGAAGGAGCAGGGCCUGCUGUCCCGUGUGCUGGACCAGCUGAAGUACCAGGACGUCCUGCUCUUCUGCGACUCCCAGGAGUCCACGUACGACAGGACCAAGCUUCCGAGCUACAGGUUCGAGGCUAUGGACCACUUCCAGAAGUGCUUCCUGAUCGUGCGUCUGCAGGAUGAGCUGGUGCGGGGCGAGGUUGGGCGGGGCGGGGGCCAGCCGCGGGGCUGGAAGGCGGUGCGUGUGGACCUGGUCGUGCCGCCCACCGAGUGCCACGCCUUCGCCCUCCUCGGCUGGUCCGGAUCCAGGCAGUUUGAGCGGGACUUGAGAAGAUUUGCGCAGCGCGAGCGGAAGAUGCUGCUUGAUAACCAUGGCCUGUACGACAAGACCAAGAAAGAGUUCCUAACGGCAGAAACGGAGGAAGACAUAUUUGCUCAUUUGGGCCUGGAGUUUAUCGAGCCGGGGCAGAGAAACGCCUGAGCUGAUCCCGGCGGAGAGCCUCUCCAGGCAUUCCUCGCAUGAGACCGACUCUCAGUGUGGAAUUAAUAUCUGAAAAGGGCUUAAAUCAUCGCCGAAGAUUUGU